CUGCAGACUGAAGACAGCCCAAGGGACAGUUGGAAAGCACUUAAGCUGAGGAUGUUUGCAAAUGUGAUCUUUAGGAUUCUUGGGAAAUGGGAAAGAUGCCAAAAGAUAGACAUGCCCAGACGUUAGGAAGAAAAAGGCAAACCCAGGAAUUACAGUGAACUUGUCCCUAAGUGGCUUGUUCAGGGGAGAACCUGGCGCCUUCUCUGCACUGUGCCGGAGGCCCUCAUGCUAAAGGUGCCCCGAGGCUCUGCAGGUGGCAGCCUGAGGCUCCCGUGGGUGAAGAGCGGGCACCACCUCCGACCGUCAGACCCCACCCUGCAAGCCUGAGGACCUGGAGCCAGGGCGGGCUGACGUGACUGCCCUCUCCACCCGCUGUGCCGUCCCCACACACCCUGCCGGUCCGGCACAGACCCUGCCCGGAGCCCUAAAGAACCGUCAGCUUGGUCGUCGCUUCCGAGUCCCGAGGCCGCACCGAGCCCGCGAGGGUCACAGGCAACGCCGGGCCUGCCCUGCGCAGACGCCCCGCGGCGAGGGAGCCCGCGAGCCCAGGCCCCGCGCGGGCGGCGGGCGCUCCUCCCCGCCGCCUCCUCCACUCCGCCCCCUGCCUGGCUGGGGCGGCGCCGAGAGCUAGGCCAGCGAUUCCCGAGGCAGAAAUGGCCGCGAGCGGCCGAGGUCUCGCUAGGGCCUGGGGUGCCUCUCGCUGCCCCACUUGGAGACAAGCUCACUCGGAAGCUGGCGGACGCCCGAAGCCUGAGUACGAUGCGGUGGUGAUAGGAGCAGGACACAACGGGCUGGUGGCUGCGGCGUACCUGCAGAGACUGGGGGUGAACACGGCGGUCUUCGAGAGGCGUCAUGUGAUCGGGGGUGCAGCUGUCACCGAGGAGAUCAUCUCAGGGUUUAAGUUCUCCCGAGCAUCCUACCUCCUGAGCCUUCUGAGGCCUCAGAUUUACACGGACCUGGAGCUGAAGAAACAUGGACUGAGGCUCCAUCUCCGAAAUCCCUACUCCUUCACCCCCAUGUUGGAAGAGGGUGCAGGGGGCAGUGUGCCCAGAUCCCUUCUUCUGGGCACAGACAUGGUGCAAAACCAGAAGCAAAUCGCCCAAUUCUCACAGAAGGACGCCCAGGCCUUUCCCAGAUACGAGAAGUUCAUGAAUCGCUUGGUGUCAGCCAUUGACCCUCUGCUGGACGCAGCCCCUGUGGACCCAGCGGCCUUCCAGCAUGGCUCCAUGCUGCAGAGACUCAAGUCACUGUCCACCCUCAAGCCCCUGCUAAAGGCUGGUCGCACCCUGGGAGCUCAGCUUCCUCAGUACUACCAGGUGUUCACAGCUCCCAUCGCCAAGGUGCUGGACCAGUGGUUUGAGUCUGAGCCCCUCAAAGCCACUCUGGCAACGGAUGCUGUUAUUGGAGCCAUGACGAGUCCUCGCACGCCCGGGAGUGGGUAUGUGCUGCUGCAUCAUGUGAUGGGUGGCCUGGAGGGGACCCAGGGUGCCUGGGGCUACGUCCAGGGUGGCAUGGGUGCCCUCUCUGAGGCCAUUGCAAGAUCAGCCGUUGCACAUGGAGCAAGUAUCUUCACCGAGAAGGCAGUGGCUAAGGUGCAGGUGAGCGACGAAGGCCGAGCUCGAGGAGUGGUGCUGCAGGACGGCCAGGAGGUGAGGAGCAGAGUGGUGCUGUCCAGCGCGUCCCCGCAGAUCACCUUCCUGAAGCUGGCCCCACAGGAGUGGCUUCCAGAGGGCUUCGCAGAGAGCAUUGCUCAGCUGGACACCCAGUCUCCUGUUACCAAGAUCAAUGUGGCCGUGGACAGGCUGCCCAACUUCCUGGCAGCCCCCAAUACUCCCAGCGGCCAGCCGCUGCCCCAUCACCAGUGUUCCAUCCACCUGAACUGUGAAGACACCCUCCUCCUCCAUCAGGCCUUUGAAGAUGCCAUGAAUGGCCUGCCAUCUCACAGGCCCAUGAUCGAGCUCUGCAUCCCUUCCUCCCUGGACCCCACCCUGGCUCCCCCCGGCUGCCAUGUCAUCUCCCUCUUCACACAGUACACCCCCUACACGCUGGCUGGAGGCAAGGUCUGGGAUGAGCAGGAGAGAAAUGCCUAUGCAGACAAAGUGUUGGAUUGCAUUGAGGCCUACGCCCCUGGCUUCAAGGGCUCUGUGGUGGGCAGAGACAUCCUCACACCCCCGGACCUGGAGAGAAUCUUUGGGCUUCCUGGAGGGAACAUCUUCCACUGCGCCAUGUCCCUGGACCAGCUCUACUUCGCCCGCCCGGCGCCCCUGCACUCCAGCUACCGCUGCCCUCUCCAAGGCCUGUAUCUGUGCGGAAGUGGGGCCCACCCUGGAGGAGGUGUCAUGGGAGCUGCUGGACGAAACGCAGCCCAUGUGGUCAUGAGGGACCUCAAGAGCGAGGGACGCUGAACCAACUCUGGCCCAGGGAGAAAAUUCAGCCCUGAGCUUCUACGUCAGUCCUGGGCUCAGCUGCCCAGGAAGCUCUGCUCUGGUGGAUACUGCUUGAGGCAGCCAAUUUCACAAGGCUCAAGUCAUUAUUCUAGAAGUGUACAUGUUACACGUAGCACACGUCAUCAAUGCGUGCCCCAUGCCUCCAUGAAUGAACUGAUUUUU